AUGAUAACCCUCCGCCCCCUAACCCCCUCCGACUGGCCCCUCUGGCGCCGUCUCCGCCUCCACGCCCUAUCCGAGUCCCCGCACGCCUUUGGCGCUACCCUUGCAGAAUGGCAAGGGCCUACAGGCGAUUUGGAAACGCGCUGGCGUGCUCGCUUGUCGAUCCCCGGGUCGAGGAACUUUGUGGCUUUUUUAAGCCGCGGUGGCAGCGGCGAACUUGACGAUGCCAAGGAGUAUGAAGAGGGAGAGCCCGUGGGGAUGGGGAGUGGUGUUCCUGUGUCUUCUUCGGCGAGGGAGGGAUCCGGGAACCCGGAUGGUGAGGGGGUGGUGGAGGUGAUUUCGGUGUGGGUACACCCCAAGGCAAGAGGAAAGGGCGUUGGGGAUCGGUUGCUGCAGGGGAUUGAGGCGUGGGCGGUUGGGGAGGGAAAGACGGUCAUGAGGUUGUCGGUGAUGCCGUCGAACGCGGCGGCUGUAGGGUUGUACCGGCGGAAUGGGCUGCGGGAGACGGGGCGCGAGGGAGAUGAGCCGGCGCCUGGGAGGGAGAGGGAGGUGGAGAUGGAGAAGGUGUUGACGCGGUCUUGA